UCCCACUCUCGUCCUUGACAACAUUACAUGCAAUUCUCCCACUUUCGGCGGACUGAAUUCUUCCCGUCUGUACUCUGUUUAUUCUCCAAACUGCGCUAACUUUUAUCGACCCGUGAGAAAAUUGAAGGCAUAGUUCACGAUAUAAUAAAAAUUAUACGACUAUUGCAGUGAACCUCACCAGGAAAUCUUGGAAAUGAAGAUGUUCCGCAGCGUAUGAAUAUCCAAAGUAAUGAGGAUUUGAAUCAGGAAGUUCUGAGUGUGAUCAUGUCUUCCAAACAGCAGCUACAGAUUUUCACCGAGGAAGCAAUUUGUCCCAUUUGUCUAGAUUUUUUCACCAAUCCGGUUAUACUGGAUUGUGGACACAACUUCUGCCGCUCCUGUAUCACCCAGAGUUGGGGAAAAAAGGAGAUAAACUCCUGCCCGGAAUGUAGAGAGGAGUUUACUGAAAGAAACUUCAGGGUAAACCGGGCCUUAGCGAACCUAGCGGAGAAAACUCGAAAGUUAAAGCUGGAUCCGAAAGUGAAGGAAAGUGAAAUUCGCUGCGAGAAACAUCAAGAAGAUCUGAAGCUGUUUUGUGAAACUGACAAGAAAUUGAUCUGUCUGAUUUGUAGAGAUUCGCGGGAACAUAGAGAGCAUGACUUCCUACCAAUGAACGAAGCUGUAGAGAUGUACAAGGAUCAGUUGAAAUCUUCCUUAGAUUCUCUCACAGAGAAGAAAUCGGCGGUUCUACAAACGGAACUGAACCAGAAACGGAAGAUUUCCGAAGUGAGGGAACAGGCGAGCAGUCUGCAGACCCACAUCACAUCCGAGUUCACUAAAAUGCACCAGAUUCUCACUGAGAAAGAGCAGCGUUUACUCGGAGAUCUCAGGGAAGAAGAGGAGAGGAUUGUAGAAACAAUGGAGAAAAACCUUCGAGAGAUUCAGGAGAAUUUAAAUUCUAUUGAGGAGGAACUCACAAAGUUGCAGAAACAGAUGGAUCAAAAAGACCACCUGAUAUUUCUAAGGGAGGAAGUUAACCAGAAAUGGAGCACUGGUGACGACAUUCAAAUGAUAACAGUUGCAUCAGCUGUCCUACCCAUCGAAAGAUUCAAGGGCCCGAUACAAUACAUGGCUUGGAAGAAAAUGAUUGACUUCAUUCACCCUGCUCCAGCCUCUCUGACUCUGGAUCCGUGCACAGCCCAUCCACAACUCAUCCUGUCUGAGGACCGAACCAGCGUGAGACAUAAAAACCAACGGCAGUCUCUCCCUAGAAGCCCACGGAGGUUUGAUUCCUGGGCCUUUGUACUGGGUUCCAAGGGAUUCACAUCUGGGAGACAUUACUGGGAGGUGGAGGUUAGGGACAAGACUGAAUGGGGCGUUGGAGUGACCCGAGAAUCUGCAAAGAGAAUGGGGGGAAUUGACCCAAAACCUGAGUCGGGAUAUUGGGUGGUGGGACUGAUCUCAGGAAAGGGCUAUUUUGCUCUUACAUCCCCGACAGGGCUCUGCCUCAAGCCAGAUGUGAAUCCCCAGAAAAUUGGUGUUUUCCUGGACUAUGAGGGUGGACAGGUAUCAUUUUACAAUGUGGAUAACAUGUGCCAUCUCUACACUUUCACCUACACUUUCACUGAAAGGAUCUUUCCCAUCUUCAAUCCAGGAUGGAAUUUCGAUGGCAAAAAUCCUGCACUUCUGACAAUCUGUGGGCUUAAAGGUCACUAACUGAUCCAUCCCAUAAUUUUGCACACUCUUAUUAUCUCCUACCAGCUGUCAACUGAUGGGUUUCUGUCACAGUCAUAAGUGGGGGCCCUAUCCAAAUGCAAUUUGAGUACAAUCGAGUGACAAUAUCUUCUUGGUGAUCUUUUUCUGUUCAAAAUUGAAGCUAAACAGUGUGUACUAUUCCAGGGGGACCUGUAAAAUUAACUGAACAUUCAUAAUUCCAUCAAGGAUGAACUGAUGUUCACUCAGAGAGCUGAAAUAAAGGUUUGACACAAACUAUAAUCUGCAGCUGAGAAAAUAAACAUUAUGAGAAAUAGGUGAAAAGGACAGUUUUGAGAUGGAGCACCGGGGGAAGAAUGUGAAAGGGGAACUAAUCAAAUUGCAGUAAAUCAAAUCAUUUUCUUGGGAAAGUAUUUUUCUGGCACUAUCAGCAACACAGCAAACCCCAGAGGAUAAAAAUGAGCAGAAUACUUCAGUUUGUCAAUGUACAUAAUGGAGAGUGAAUAGGAUCAUCAAUUGUACAAAGAAGAGCCGAGUUUACAUUCCACUUAUAAACCUGGUAUUAAUACUGAGAACGGAAAGAUCAGCAAGGAGCACUGCAGGACUGGGGGAAAGAGGAGGGGGAGAGAAGAAACAAAUAGCAGCUCAAUUGCAGAUAUAGGCUUACUCACUUAACCUCUAUCAUAAGCAAAAUGUUGGAAGUUAUAAUUAAGCAUGUCUUAACAGGGCACUUGGAUGCAUUCAUAGAGUCAUAGAAUCUUACAAAUAUAUGGUAAAGAAGAGGCAUUUCAGGCAAUUGAGUUUCAUUGAUGAAAAGCUACUCUCAAUUUACACUAGUUCUACAUUUCAGUGCACAGUCCAUACCCUUGAAUGGUAUGACACCAACUAUUCAUCCAAGUACUUCUUAAAGGUUGUGAGAUUUCACAAAUGCCUUCACAGGUGGUGCAUAACAGAUUUCCACCAGCCUUUGGGUGACCUUUUCUCCUUGAGUCCCCUAUAAAUUUACUGUCUUUUACAUUAAAAUUAUGUUUCUUUGUUGCUAAUCCUUUAAACUGAGCAGGACAGCUGCUUUCUAUCCACCCUCUCCAUACCUGUCAUAAUCUUAUAGCAGGUCACCCCUCAACUUUCUCUGCUGUAUACAAAACAACCCAAGCUAUCUAGCCUGUCUUCAUAGCCAAACUGCUCACGCCAGGCAACAUUCUGGUGAAUGUGGUCUGUACCCACUCCAGUGCAAUCAAAUCUUAUAAAGCAGAUGACCAGUCUUUUACACAGUUCUCCAAACAAAGACCUGACAAGUUCCAACAUAAUCUCUCUGCUCUUGUAUUAUAAGCCACUACUGUUAACAUCGAAUAUCACGUAUGUCGUCUUAACUAACGUAUUAUCCUGUCUGACUGCUUUUGGGAUUUGUGCAUAACCACCCUAUGAUCCCCUCUGUUCCUCAGAGGUCUCUAGUGUUCUGCCAUUCAAUGCUUACUCCUUUGUCUUCGUCUUCUAUAGAGCAUCACCUCACACUUAAUGAGGGUUAGAUUUCAUCUGCCAGUGGUUUACCUAUCUGACCAAUCUGCCUAUUUUAACUGUAACUUUCUUUCUCACUGCCAAUCUUAGUGUUAUCUGCAAACGUACUUACCAUGCCUCUCACCACAUUCUAAUCCAUCACAAACAACAAAGGAUCCAGGACUGAUGUCUGCAGUAGGCCAUUGGACAAUAUCUUUGAGGAGAAAGUGAG